AGUUUAUUGUUAGAGAAGUGGGCGGGGUUCUGCAAAGGCUUGGGCUCACCCUGGUAACUGGGACACACUGAUUCGUGCACCCCGCCCAUCUAUCAUCAUCAUCGGUACCCGGAGACAGGAGAGCCCAGGCACGACCUGGGCCGCUGGUAACAGCAAGAUGCAGUCGGAAGAUGCCCGGUUCCUAAAGAGGAAAGUAAAAGAGGGUAACAUAGAUGUCCAUCCUACUGAAAAAGCACUUGUCGUUCACUAUGAAGUGGAAGCCACAAUCCUUGGAGAACGGGGGGAUACCAUGCUCGGAGAACGUAAAGAGUGUCAAAAAAUCAUACAUCUGAAAAGCCUCAAUGCAAAUACAGAUAUUUCCUCUCUUGCACGGAAAGUGGUGGAUGAAUGUAAACUUAUUCACCCAUCAAAACUUGUGGAAGUGGAGCAGUUGCUUUAUUACCUCCAGAACCGUAGAGAUGGAUUGCCAAUUAAAGAGAAAAAGGAGAAGAAAAUUAACAAGCCAAAAGACCCACCACCGUUUGAAGGAACGGAGAUUGACGAAGUGGCUAAUAUUAAUGACAUGGAUGAGUACAUUGAAUUGCUUUAUGAGAACAUUGCUGAUAAAGUCCGCGGAUCAGCUCUUAUCCUUCAGCUUGCUCGGAACCCAGACAAUUUGGAAGAAUUACUUCUUAAUGAAACUGCUCUUGGUGCAUUAUCCAGAGUCCUUAGAGAAGACUGGAAGCAAAGCGUCGAACUGGCCACUAAUAUCAUUUAUAUAUUCUUCUGCUUCUCCAGUUUUUCACAGUUUCAUGGGUUAAUCACACACUACAAGAUUGGAGCACUUUGCAUGAAUAUAAUUGAUCAUGAGCUAAAACGGCAUGACCUCUGGCAGGAGGAGUUAUCCAAGAAGAAAAGGGCAGUGGAUGAUGAUGCAGACAAUCAAAAUAUGAAAAAAGAAUAUGAAAAAACCUAUAAAAAAUACCAGGGGUUGCUUGUCAAACAAGAACAGCUAUUGCGUGUUGCCCUGUAUCUGCUCCUGAAUCUUGCUGAAGACACUCGCACAGAACUGAAGAUGAGGAAUAAGAAUAUUGUCCACAUGUUGGUCAAGGCACUGGACCGGGACAACUUUGAACUUCUCAUACUUGUGGUGUCAUUUCUGAAGAAGCUCAGCAUCUUUUUGGAAAACAAGAAUGAUAUGGCUGAAAUGGAUAUCAUUGAAAAACUGGCCAAACUGGUGCCAUGUGAACAUGAAGACUUGCUCAACAUAUCCUUGCGGCUUCUGCUGAACCUUUCCUUUGACACUGGCCUGAGAAACAAGAUGGUGCAGGUUGGACUUCUCCCCAAACUCAUAGUUCUUUUAGAUAAUGAAAACUACAAGCAAAUUGUGAUGUGCAUUCUCUACCAUAUAAGUAUGGAUGAUCGCUUUAAAUCCAUGUUUGCCUACACGGACUGCAUACCCCAACUAAUGAAGAUGCUGCUUGAAAGUUCAGAAGAACGAGUUGAUCUUGAGCUGAUUUCAUUUUGCAUUAAUCUUGCUGCCAAUAAAAGAAAUGCUCAACUAAUAUGUGAAGGAAAUGGAUUGAAGAUGCUGAUGAAAAAAUCCCUGAAAUUUAAGGACCCUUUGCUGAUGAAGAUGAUUCGCAAUAUUUCCCAGCAUGAAGGAACCACAAAAAAUUUGUUUAUAGACUAUGUUGGUGAUUUAGCUGCUCAGAUAACAAAUGAUGAAGAAGAGGAAUUUGUUAUUGAAUGUCUUGGGACCUUGGCCAAUCUGACAAUCACUGACCUAGACUGGGAGCUUGUUCUCAAAGAGUACAAACUUGUACCUUACCUCAAAGACAAACUUAAACCAGGGUCGGCUGAGGAUGACCUCGUACUGGAAGUUGUUAUAAUGAUUGGGACAGUAUCUAUGGAUGACUCCUGUGCAGCUUUACUUGCAAAAUCUGGGAUCAUCCCUGCACUUAUUGAGCUUCUUAAUGCCCAACAAGAAGAUGAUGAAUUUGUGUGCCAAAUUGUAUAUGUCUUCUACCAAAUGGUUUUCCACCAAGCAACCAGGGAUGUCAUCAUAAAAGAUACACAGGCUCCUGCUUAUCUCAUUGACUUAAUGCAUGAUAAGAAUGCAGAGAUCCGCAAAGUAUGUGAUAACACCCUGGAUAUCAUUGCGGAAUAUGACGAGGAAUGGGCGAAAAAGAUACAGAGCGAGAAAUUCCGCUGGCACAAUUCUCAGUGGCUGGAGAUGGUUGAAAGCCGGCAGCUGGAUGAAAAUGAACAAUACUUGUAUGGAGAUGAGCCAAUUGAGCCCUAUAUCCAUGAAAGAGAUAUUCUGGAAAGACCUGACCUCUACUAUAGUGCAGAAGGGUUGAUUCCAUCUGAUGGAGUAGUGAGCCCAGACUUCUUCAAUGAAUUCCACCAGAAUGGAGAUCUUAUUGGGCAGCAUUCAUUCAACACUAGGAUGAGUGAUGAUGGCUUUGGACCUCAUGCAGCGAUGCCCAGCCGUCCAGCAACAGCCUAUGGCUAUCGACCCGAUGAACCGUAUUAUUAUGGGUUUGGCGCACGAUAAAGACAGAGCAGAAGCCAAACUAACGAACAAUUUUAGAAGCUGUUGGUCUAUAAUUUAUACCAGGAGGAGAAAAGCAUGAGAAUGACCAAUUGUCUCUGUGCUUGGAAACAUUUUUAUAUCAAAUGAAUUAAAUCCCACUGGCCAUAUUUAGACCUCUGCAUCAUAGAUUCAUUUGUCUGCCAUACACAUGUAUAUAUAACUUGAAUGUUUGUCAGAAAUAAAUUUGUUGAGAGGCAAUGCUCGUCCAAAAGGAAUGUACAAAACUAUAACUCUCCCACCACCAACGUUUGAUCACAUUUGCAUACAUUAUCUAAUGUCAUAAUUCAAAAUCCCAGACAUCUCCAUUUCUAGCAGCUACAGUGAAUGUUUUUUAAAUAACCGAAGGAUGGAAUAUUAUUUACUACUUCUUAGGAGUAGGCAAUUUUUCAGGGAGAAACAUUCUAAUGGAACUAUAACUAUCUAUGCAUAGUUAGCUUUAGUAAUUGUACCUGAAGCAGAUGUGCUCCUUUAAGUGCAGUUUCCUGUAUCCCUCUGCAAUCACUGGCUGUUUGUGUGGUUUGAUGAGUUGUAGUUCAGCAACAUCUGGAGGUUAGCAGAUUGGACAUCCCUUAGCAAAACUAUCUUCAGUGGGAGUAUAACAAAGGAUUAAGAUGUGUAGCCUGUUAAUUCAUAGUACUCCUGUGGACAUUUUAGCCUUAUUUAUUUAUGAUCCUGUGAGCUCAUAAUCUGUCUGUGAAAAUACAUUUUAGCCCUAUUUAUUAAGUGUCACUAAGCAGUGUUUUUGUUUAGUUCAUCUUUCAGUCUUUAACUGAAACCUCACAAAAUCCUUUAUUGUGUAUAACAAGCUCAGUAUGUUAAAUGUUUGUGCAAAAUAAACAUAUAAAGUGUU